AUUAUAAGUCGCCGCGCGAGGAGGUACAUGUAAAAAACUUUCUUGCUCUAUUAAGUAUCUCUUUCUGUUAAAGUCAUGGCUUUCUACGGGGAUUCGGCGACCGCUCAGAUAGCGCUGACCACGUUCUUCAGCUUUCUUGUAGUAACAGACCUAAUCGGGAACACCCUGGUCAUACUAGUUAUCGUCACCAACAAGACGGCGCGAACCCCAAUGAACUUUCUCCUCAUCAACCUUGCUGUGGCUGACAUGAUGGUGGCGAUAUUCAUAGCUCCGAGGUUUCUGUUUAUGAAUGCCAUAAACCACCCUGAAGGCCUAGCAGGAACCAUCAUCUGUAAACUCAUUACCGGGGGGAACUUCUCUUGGACGGGGGGAGCUUGUUCUGUGUUCACUCUGGUCGCGAUUGCCUUUGAGAGGUACUACGCCGUUAUGUAUCCCUACAACGACAAAGGGAAAAUGUCAAUCAAGAAGCUGCGCUACAUUUUCAUUGGUGUAUGGCUCGGAGCCGCUGUUCUUAACUUGCCUCUCUUCUUGACCAUAUACUACGAGGCUAGCAAGCAUUUUUGCUUCGAGUACUGGCCACCAGAUUUACCUUGGCUUCCAAUUGCGUACGCGUCUGUAUGGUGGGCGGCCGCAGGCGUCUUUCCUAUCUUCAGCAUGGCCUUCCUCUACACAAGAGUCGUUUACAAUUUGUGGUUUAAGCGUAGCGAGUCUGGGAACCCUGCUCAGCAAGCCGUCAUCAGGUACCGCAAGCGGGCGACCAAGAUGGUAAUCACGGUAAGCGUGAUCUACGCGUUCUGUUGGCUUCCUAUACUCACCACAUAUAUGUUAAGCUACGCUCAUCCCCAGUUCAAGUACGGUGAUGUAACGCACAUUGCCACCAUUGGUUUGUCUACCCUCAACUCGUCCGUCAACCCUCUGGUGUAUACAUUCCAAAAUGUGCGAUUCCGCAAACUGCUCAAGGAUCUAGUGUGCUGUAAGCAGUCUAGGAACAGAAUAGAUACUAGCGGCACAACGAACACGUCACACACGGCCAGAAAACGCUCCACCGUUAGAGCUAAUGAAAUUUCACAAGGGAUAUGCGAGGAUGCAUUCCUUAGUGAUGUGCCACAAGAGAAUUACGAAGGGCCCCUUGCUAGUGAUGUACCACAAGUGAAGUACGAAGGACCCCUUGCUAGUGAUGUACCACAAGAAAAGGACGAAGGGCCUCUUGCUAGUGGUGUGCUACAAGUGAAGUACGAAGGGCCCCUUGCUAGUGAUGUACCACAAGUGAAGUACGAAGGGCCCCUUGCUAGUGAUGUACCACAAGUGAAGUACGGAGAACCCCUUGCUAGUGAUGUACCACAAGAAAAGAACGAAGGGCCUCUUGCUAGUGAUGUGCUACAAGUGAAGUACGAAGGGCCCCUUGCAAGUGAUGUGCCACAGGUGAAGCACGAAAGGCCCCUUGUUAGUGAUGUACCACAAGUGAAGUACGAAGGGCCCCUUGCUAGUGAUGUACCACAAGUGAAGUACGAAGGACCCCUUGCUAGUGAUGUACCACAAGAAAAGGACGAAGGGCCUCUUGCUAGUGAUGUGCCACAAGAGAAUUACGAAGGGCCCCUUGCUAGUGAUGUACCACAAGUGAAGUACGAAGGACCCCUUGCUAGUGAUGUACCACAAGAAAAGGACGAAGGGCCUCUUGCUAGUGGUGUGCUACAAGUGAAGUACGAAGGGCCCCUUGCUAGUGAUGUACCACAAGUGAAGUACGAAGGGCCCCUUGCUAGUGAUGUACCACAAGUGAAGUACGGAGAACCCCUUGCUAGUGAUGUACCACAAGAAAAGAACGAAGGGCCUCUUGCUAGUGAUGUGCUACAAGUGAAGUACGAAGGGCCCCUUGCAAGUGAUGUGCCACAGGUGAAGCACGAAAGGCCCCUUGUUAGUGAUGUACCACAAGUGAAGUACGAAGGGCCCCUUGCUAGUGAUGUACCACAGGUGAAGUACGAAGGGCCCCUUGCUAGUGAUGUACCACAAGAAAAGAACGAAGGGCCUCUUGCUAGUGAUGUGCUACAAGUGAAGUACGAAGGGCCCCUUGCAAGUGAUGUGCCACAGGUGAAGCACGAAAGGCCCCUUGUUAGUGAUGUACCACAAGUGAAGUACGAAGGGCCCCUUGCUAGUUGCCACAGGUGAUGUACGAAGGGCCCAUUGCUAGUGAGGUGCAGUAGUUGUCCUAUGUCAAGAUGAAACAUUAUUUUGUAUAUAACAAAUUCAAAUGUCGGCAAAGAAAGGUACAGCACCAUCAGUCAGGAUCUGGCUUUUCAACAUCGCGUUAGUGACCAACAUUUGCUUUUGCGUAAUGGGACAAGAUUUAUUGCAAAUGAGACUAGUACAAGCCCCAAGUAGCUUACACAAAAACAAAACGUCUUUCUUUGAUCUUUUUACCCCUAUAAUCUGUACGGGGCUUUAUGGAGAGAUUAAUGAAAUCGCUUGCUGACAGCUACAGCUGAAAAGCCAGAUGUUUCCUGAACCGCACUUUGUAUAAAAAGUCAUGAUUGAUUGAUUUUCUAUGUCAAAUUUAAAUAAUCUAAGGCAAGACUGUGUUACAAGUAAAAACAAACCCAAUCCAA